CCACACCCACACAAACCACAGCCAUGCCUCCCAAGAAAGCCACCACCAGCGCGUCCAAGAAGGCCGCCCCGGCCCACGCUUCCUACCGCGAUAUGAUCAAGGAUGCUAUCCUGAACCUCAAAGAGCGUAAUGGUAGCAGCCGCCAGUCCAUCAAGAAGUACGUCGAGGCGAACAACAAGAUCGCCAUCACCAGCAAGGCCGCCUUCGAUGCCCAGUUCAACAAGGCCAUCAAGGCCGGCGUUGAGAAGGGCGAGUUCACCCAGCCUAAAGGUCCCUCUGGUCCUGUGAAGCUUGCGAAGAAGGAGCCCGCCGCUAAGCCGGCUGCCAAACCGGCUGCCAAGAAGACUGCCGCCUCGGCGACCAAGGCCGCCACCCCCAAGGCCUCCACCACCAAGGCCUCUGCUACCAAGAAGUCGACUGAGAAGUCGGCUGCGAAGCCCUCGGCCAAGAAGGCCUCUGCUACUGCUACCACCAAGAAGUCGGCUGCGAAGCCCAAGGCCAACACUGCCAAGCCCCGCAAGGCCUCUGGUUUGGCUCCCGCCAUUGUGGAGAAGGAAAAGGUCGAGCGCACGACCAAGUCCGGCCGGGUUACCAAGACCACCAAGCCGGUAGAGAAGACGCCUUCUGUCAAGAAGAAGACGUCAGUCAAGAAAUAGACCCCCCUCCAUCCCUCAUCGGGUUGUUCAUGAUGCUGUGUCUCUCGUGAUAUCUUGUGCGCUGUACCCCUUCUCUUCGGCUGUAACUUUUGUUUGUUUUUUUUCUCGGUGCCCCUGAUUUCGAUGUCUUGGCUCUUCUGGGAUAUCUGUUUGGUUCCACGCUAUGCUUUCGUUUGUUUUUGUUUUCUUUUUUUUCCUCUGUGCUUUCUGUGCGAGUUGGUCUGGGUGGCGUCCUGUGGUGGGUUUCGUAAGGGAAUGUCUAUUUAGUGAGCUCAUCUGCGGGCGAGCGCUAGGUGAAUGAAAUGACUUCGGU